UUUUAAUUUAGAUGAUGAGGAUGAUAGAGGGGCUUGAGGUCGGUUCAUCUAUGGCGGUGAGUCUUCUGCGCUCCUAACUCCGCCACUCCUAACUCUCUCUCUCUCUCUAGAAUUAAUCUCUCACAAAGAUUUCUUCGGCGAGUCUCGCCGUCGCCGUCCGGUGAUCGGAGCUUCGUUUUCCGGCGUUGAGUGGACCUUAUUUUAGAACAAGGCCGACUAAAAGUUCUUCUUCUUCCUCUCUUUGAUUUGAUUUGGAAAUCGCUGGGAGAGGAAGCUGAAAUCUGGAAGGUUGUUGAAGCUAGGUUAGGGCGGCCGCGUUUGGAAUUGUUGAAUUCGUGUCUCCUGGAUUCGUGAAUUUUGUGUAAAAAAAAAAUGAAUGUGACUGGGAAUGGAGUGGUGGUCGGCAAUGGAGGAAUUGGGGGAUUGGAGAGCGACUUCAUUCGGAGGCACCAUAGACACGAAACCGGAGACAAUCAGUGCAGCUCCGUCCUCUCCAGACACAUCAAAGCCCCCGUUCAUCUCGUUUGGUCAUUAGUGAGGCGAUUUGAUCAACCGCAGAAAUAUAAGCCGUUCAUCAGCAGGUGUGUUGUGCAGGGGAACCUUGAGAUUGGGAGUCUCAGAGAAGUUGAUGUCAAGUCUGGUCUUCCAGCCACUACAAGUACUGAAAGAUUGGAAUUUCUUGAUGACAACGAGCAUAUAUUAAGCAUGAGGAUAAUUGGCGGUGAUCACAGACUUAGGAACUAUUCUUCAAUUAGUUCCCUACAUCCAGAAAUCAUUGAUGGGAGGCCAGGGACUCUGGUGAUCGAGUCAUUUGUGGUGGAUGUGCCUGAGGGGAACACAAAGGAUGAUACUUGCUACUUUGUUGAAGCCUUGAUCAAGUGCAAUCUUAAAUCGCUUGCUGAUGUCUCAGAGCGGCGGGCAGUUCAGGACAGGACCGAGCCUAUUGAUCGGAUGUGAAAAACUGGAAGUGAGGACCAUACCUUGGAGGUUGAGGCUGCCAUGGAUGAAGCUUCCGAGGCUUUCGAUCCUCGGAUGCUUUGGAGACGGACAUGCAGUAGUAUAUAUCUCAUACACGCUUGUACCCACUUUUCUUUUUUUCUCUUUUUGUUUGCCAUGUUUGUGUUUUCUUUUUUGGAGUUAUAUCAUUCGAUUUUCUAUCUUUA